UAUUUGGUUUAAACUUGUCAUAUUUGUUGCAAGAUUUAUUUAAACUUUAUUUGUUGUUGUAGUUAUUUUUAACGGAGGAAGUUAUGUAACUUUAUAAUCGGAUGAGAAAUAUUCACCUGUAUUCGACUCAUAGCAACUUCUCCAGUUUGCAAUGGAAGUACUGUGGAGGAUAAUGUUGUCUGUCGUUUUCUCCAUGGUUACUGUUGUUGCUCAAUAGCUUUAUUCAGACAGACUGCUCUCUGUCAAAUGACCUUCAGCUAGCUUCUUUGUUAGGACGUGUGAGUAAAUGAAACAGUUACAAAUUAGAUAUUUGUAUAUAGUUCUCUAUUUUACAUAGGCCUAUACACUUUAGCGUCACUUAAGGAAAUUAAGAAAUAAUUUGAACUAAGACCUAUAAAUUUGGUACUCUCAAGACGAAGUGAAGUGAAAUGGUUAAAAAGAUUGACAAAUAGUUCGUUUAAAAGAUGGAGAACUUGAAAGAAAGUUGUCUAGAAAGUCGGUCUUUACCUAGACCAGGCAAAGGAGCAGAAAAACGCGAUGAAGUAUGUACAGAGCCGGAGGAUAAAAUGAGUGACGAUGAUGUGAAGCUCAGCAUUCUCACCCACGGCCUUCUUCACAUCUUUCACCUCUCCUGUGAAGACAAUGUUUGUGAUAUGACCUGUGGUGAGGGUGCAGCAGGUUUCGCUAGUCUCCUCAGCAGCGGUCGUGUGCAGUUCUAUUAUCCUGAUGGCCGUCUUCGGGAAUCAUCUUUUAGCCCGUCCAUCACCAUUCACUAUGCUGGCCUUACCUCCACUCAAAUCCCAGGCAGACUUGUUGGUUGGGGACCUGGGGCCAUUCUCACUUUACUAGAUGCAGAACUGAAACCCCUUGUUCAUGCAGUGGAGCCCAUGGAUGUCAGGGUUUGCAAGGUUCGGGAGCAGUCUAAUGAGCUAGUCUCAGGUGGGAUGGGAAAUGUAUGUGUGUGGUGUCUCACACACUUGGUGUGUCGCAAACGGGUGGUGGAAGGUUUAGGGACUCACAUGGUAAUUACACAACUAGCUCUGGUCCCUGACAGGGCUCAUUGUGGCCCUACAGCACUGGCUGCAUAUGGAGGAGCUGUGGUUGUGGUUGACCUUAUAGAAGGACGUGUUGUGGAGCACAGAAAGAACCUCCAUUUAAGAGAAAUCACAGGGCUGGUCUACUGCCCCCUUACAGACAGUGUAGUUACUGCAUCAGAUAUGACAAUCAGAGUGUGGGGACCUGACUGGGAGCUUCAAAUGUCUUUUGUGGGACACAGCGGUCAGAAAAUGAGUUAACUUGACUGACAAUAAAGCCAUUUACAAUAGUUGAUUUUUUUUCAACCUCAUUAAUGACAUUUUGAGA